AUGGCGAUGUAUACCAUUGAUGGGGCUAUGGCUGAGGCCUUGGGCCAUCUGAAUCGCAUUGCCUGUCACUUCCGGAAGCAUGAGCAACACAAGCCAGCCAAUGAACUGGGAAAGUUGAGCAUCAUGAUCGUCAAUGCCUUCUCUGAGGGAAUCGAGCAUAUUCCCGAUAGCGACUACGUGCUCGACGACAGUCUCCCUACCAGGAACAUGGGUGCCGAAAACCAGCAGAUCAUGCGUCAUGACAUAAUCCAGAAGCAAGCUGUUGCUGCCCUUAUGAACGAGGUUGAGAAGGAGAACAAAGAGCCUGUCAGGGGCCACGGCAAUCGAGCUGGAAGCUGGGCUCAGAUUGCCGGAUCCAUGGCGAAGGUUCAGUGCCAACCAAAGGAAACACUGCACUAUUUGUCGCCUAUGUCGAUGUCGUCUGUUUCUGGAUCCAAGCAAAGUCACAGCAUUGAUGGCGAGAAUGGCGCGAGAGCCAUGGAUUUCUCCGGGGCACCACUCUCACCCGAGAUUGCUGAAGCCAAAGCGGGCGUCGUACGUAUUUACGGCAGGGUCUCCAGGGAGGCGAUCCGCUUCGUCACCACCCGUAUCCACGAGGGUCCGCUGCAGGAGAUCCGGGUUGAGACAAACGAAAGGACCAGAGUCACCUUCCAGUAUGCCUCUCAUGCACUUGCCUUUGUGAAGUCAAACCAGGAGAUGGAGGAGAUGCUCGGAUACGGGCGCUUUGGCACCGGCUACACUGUCGAGAUGGCCGAGAUCAUCAAUUGGAACGAUGAACACCGUCGGAUGAACCAGCCCAUCCGAGAGCGUCGGCGCCUGUCUUUCGCGAGAAAGAGGUUGUUUGCCGAUAACAUGUCGCCGGAGAAAUGGAAGUCGGACGUUCGUGCCGUCGCUGGACUCGGCAACAUCGAUUUCCUGUGGGUUUUUAACUCUGGAAACGCUACUGCCGUGUUCACGAGCACUGCCGUUGCUCGCAGAGUCCUGGAGGCCUUCAACAAGUGGAAAGACACCCGUGCUGUCUACAGUGGUGUUUCGGUGACUUACUCUUCGGAUCCCUGCGAAAAGGAGUUGGUUUUGGUCAAGGAUACAGCACGGUCCGGCUUCGCGAAGAACCUUAACUUCGCGAAGAAAUCGAUGCGUUGA